CAAAGUUGCACUUGAUAGUGCUGAGAUAUGACUAGCACUGAUAAAAAGAAAUGUUCAAAAUUGAAACAAAACUCUGCUUGUCCUGCAUGUGGAAUACAGAUAGAUAAACAAAAAAUCAAUCGCCAUCUUGAUGCUGAAUGUGUUAGUGCAAAAAAUUUACACAAAUUUUAUAUCGAUGAAGAUUUCCUUGUAAUAAAGUCAAAUAAUGAUAAAAAAAAAGAUUUCCGAACUGAUAGCAAAAUUUAUGACAAAAUUAGCAACUCUGCGUUACUAAAUAUAAACCAAGGUUCUGAAAAUAACAGCUUGUUUAGUUCUUCAUCAUUAGAUACAACAAAUUUAAAAAAUUCUUUGGCUAAAAAAAAACCAAGCUAUGAAGUACUUGUUAUUGAUGAUGAUGAUGAUGAUGGUGAUGAUCAUAAUAAUGGUUGUAACAAAUCUAAGAAAAUUUCAUCAAAUAAAAAAAAGAGUUUAGUUAUACCUGUUAAAAAAUUAUCAUUUUCCUCUGAUCAAUGGAAAUCAAAACUUAAAAAUUUAGCAGAAAAACUGUCUGAGUUCAGCAAUAAGCAUAUUAUUUUUGAAGAAAGUUGUAUUAAAGAAUGGAGAAAGGAGUUGAAUCCGUUUCGAUUAUUUGGUCUGAAUAGUCAUCAAAACCAAAAAUUGUUUGAAACAGUUAAAGAAUCAUCAAAAAUAAAUAAAAACUUAGUUUUUGAAGAAGUUCAUGGCAUUUCAAACAACUUAAUUGAAGAAGACAAACAUAAAAUGGAGUUAAUUAGAGCUAUUGAUAUUAAGAAAUUUAAUGUUUCUCCACCAUAUUAUUUGCAGAACUUCAUUUAUAUAAUUGAAAAAGUUCUUCAAUCUAAUGAUAUUUUUACUUUAUUUGAAUUAAAGGAUGUUAAAGUUCUUGCAAAAUGCAAAGAUUUGUCACAAUUAUCUUUGCAGUUAUAUGUUCGUUUGUAUCUUAGAAAAAAAGGAUGGUUCAGAUGCAGUAAAAUACAAUAUCCAGACAUUAGUACUGAUUUAAAUGGAUUCAUUGACGAUCUUAUUACAAAUGAAUAUCUUACUGAUGGCAAGCAUCUUAACAACCUAGAUGAAGUUCUACAUCUUUUAAAUGCAAAUGAAGUUCGUCAAUUGUCAAAAGAAUUUCAUUUAGUAAAAUGUGGAACUAUGUUGUCUAAAAAAGAUCUUUGCUGCAUGUUAAAGAAGCACUGUUUGCAACAAAAAUCAUUGUUUAAAAAUAAUGAUUCAUCAUUAUCAUCUCUAAUGAGCAAAAAAGUUGCUGAGUCCUGGAGUCUCUUGUUGCCAUUAUACAUUAUACAAGGCUCUAGAGCAAAAGAAUAUCUUGGUCGGUGUGUGAAACUUAAUGAAGAAGUAGCAUUUGUAUUUACACGAAUUUUUACUCUCUUCAGUAUCACAACUACCCAUUAUGAAGAUGUUAUGUACUUUACAGGAUACAAUGAAAUAUAUCACUUGCUUCAAGUGAACAAUUGUGAAGUUAAGUAUCCUUUGUACACAAUAAAUAAGAAGAGUAGAUUGUUUACCAGUUGUGAUGAACUGACUUCAUAUGUAGUUGCUGCUGAAAAUGAGAGAGAACUGGACUUGUUUAUGGAGAAAAAAGAUUUUGAUGCUGCCUAUGGAAUUUAUACAAAAGUAAAACCCAGAUUUAUCAGUAUUUGUGAAGAAUUGCUUGAUGAAGAAAAAAGAAAGGUUAUUCGAUGUUUCUCACUACCCUAUUUUCUUUCCUGUUAUUCAGAGCCAUGGAUAUUGUUUCGUAUUUGUAGUAAAUCAGUUGAACUACUUGAAAAACGCCAAGAGUAUUUGGAGGCAGUUUUAUUGCUGGAGUUGCUGCUGUCUCAAAAUUAUUUUGGUAAUUGUUCAAGAGGUGCAUUAUGGGAUCGCUUAAUUAUUGAUACAGAACGUUAUUUAAAAGAUCUUCCUAAGGUAGUGUUACUGAUAAAAACUGCACUGAAUGAUCCUUUUGUUCGCACUGGUCAUAGAUUAUCUUUGCUUCAACGAUAUCAGCGUCUAAAAAACUCUCCAAGAUGCAAAAAAAUGAUUUUUGAUAACAGUCUUCUUAAUGAUAUUUUGCAGUUCAAUGAAUUCCGAGAAGAGAUACUAUGUGCAGAAAUUUUCUUAGAAGGUUCUUCAACUCAGCGAACAGUUUUUAAAAAUAUAUCAGGUGAAGAACAAUCAAUGUCUCAUGUAGAGCAGUUUGUGUUAGACCAUUAUAAAGAAAAAGGUUUUCCUAAUGGUCUUCAUGGUGAAGGGAGUGUUGUUACAACAUUGUUUCUUUUACUUUUUUGGGAUAUUAUCUUCAUGGAUGUUGAGGAUGCAUUUCAUAGUGAUUUUCAAUGUUCCCCACUGGAUAUGUAUCGUGAUUGUUUUUAUUCAAACAGAAAGGAUGCAAUUGACAAAAAACUUAAUUGGUUGCAGUCUUUACCAGACCCUGAGUUGCGAAGUGCAGUCGAAAUUUCAUGGGAUAAAAAUUAUGGAACAAAUGCUGUUGGCGUAAAAUGGGAUAUGUUUCAAAAUGCUACUGAUGCUGGUGACCUUGCAGUGUGUCUUGGCUCAAAGCUUCUUUCUGGAAUAUCUGAGUUAUUUUGCAAAGACUUUAGGCGUCGAAGAGGGGGGUUUCCAGAUCUUGUUCUUUGGAAUAUAAAGACUAAAGGUUGUAAGAUAAUUGAAGUGAAGGGACCAGGCGAUAAACUUUCAACAAAACAACUUGUAUGGCUGAACGUACUGACAUAUUUGGGCGCUGAUGCAUUUGUAUGUUAUGUUAAAGGCGGAGGUAAACGCAAACGAGAAUGAUGCUUUUCAAAUUAAAAAAAAAACUACAAAAAAAAAUUUUCAGUAUUCAAAUAGCAUCGUUUGUACCUUAUUGUUGGUAUUGUUUGAACCUAAUUGGUACCACUUACGAAUCACAAAAAUCUAUAAUGCAUAACACUUGAAAAUGUUUUAACGUAUGUUGUAUAUAUCAUAUGGAGAGCAGCGAGAAUUCUUUUAUUUUGUUAAGUCUUGUAACGGUAUAUGUAAUAAUGUACAGUUACUUUA